AGUUAAUAACACUAACUGUAUUAUACAUUGUACAUCCGAUAAUGGCUUCCUUAAUCACUCAAUUAUUCCAAAGAAACUCCAUCUACGUAGCCACUAUUUUCGCUGGUGCCUUUGCAUUUGAAGGAUUCUUCGAUGCCGGUGUAACUGCUUGGUUUGAACAUCACAACAGAGGUAAAUUAUGGAAAGAUAUCAAGGGUAAUUAUCUCGAAGGUGGUGACGAAGAUGACGAAUAGAUGACUUUAAUUAGUAGUCACUAUUCUCCGCAAACUAUCAUACUUCAUUUCAUUCGACUAUAGUUAUUUAUACAGCAUUAUAUACUUAAUUUACAGUAUCAAUAGUAACACAGUG